UGAAAAAGCAUUGUAAGGUUGUUCGGGCGUUUACAUCGUGCUUUAAAUAGCGGUAUGCUCUGGUUUCAGGGAUGGAGGAUAUAUCUGUUUCAUAUUUAACCCUUUACAGCCCGAAAUUCACCAACAAAUAAGGGCAUGUUUAAGGUUCCUGUGUCUCAUAUGUUCCUUAACAGGAUCAAGUCAUUGCAGUGUAAAAAUAAAAGAAAAAUGAUGCAUCAAGUAACCAGCACCAAUAAUGACUAUGGCCUGGCUGGCCUGACCGAAGACGGUCAGCACUCAAGUGGCCAUUUCGAGUUGUGUGGCACCCAGUCGGGUAAAUUCUACCCAUCGGGCCCGCCUCCUUCGCUACAAUUGCCCAUGCCCAACCUUCCCCCUUUGCCCCAGGGCAUGCUCAAACCCAUGUCAUGUCAGCUGCAGGACUCCCAAAGUGAUUUUCUUCCCCAGGCUGUCCGGAUGAGGGCCACCGAUGCACCCGAGGGCUCUAAGAAAAAGAAGGGACUUGGAAAGACAGGAAGACGUGGUAGGCCUGCGGGUACCACUAAGUCAGCUGGCUACAGGACGAGCACGGGAAGGCCGCCAGGCACCACCAGAGCAGCCGGGUUCAAAACAAGCCCCGGCAGGCCGCUAGGGACGACGAAAGCUGCUGGCUACAAGGUUAGUCCCGGAAGGCCUCCGGGCAGCAUCAAGACGCUGGCCAAACUUAACAAACUGGACUAUAACGUCUGCAAUGGAGCACCGUUUCCGUACUCGCUAAUGCAGAAACACCCACUUUGUGAAACCACAGUUAAAGAGGUUAAAAAUACAACAGAAUGAAGUCAAUACAAAAGCUUUUGUAUUUAUCUGGAAGGAUGAAAGCUUGUGUCCAGGAGUUCAUUUUUGCACCGAGGCAAGACUCCGAGGGAGGAAAAUAUGACGUGUUUUUAUACCCAGACUAAACGUGUAUUAUGUAUGUGAAGGUGGUACAUUGUCCUCAUCAUUUUUGUGUAUCUAUAUCCAAAGAGCAUUAUCAUUUCUCUCACUUUUAAAGGAGCAAUAAGUAGAUGUUACUUAGUUAUCUACACUGUAUGGCCAAAAGUUUUUGGACAUCUGACCAUGAGCUUGUUGGACAUCCUAUUUCAAAAACAAUGGUUUUAAAAUAGAGUGACCUUUACGUGAUCUUUUAGGCUUUAACAACAGCCACUUCUCUGAGAAGAUUUUUCGCAAGACUUGUGUCUUGAGUGUGUCUGUGGAAAUUUGUGCCCAUUCCGUCAAAAGAGCAUUUGUAUGUCUGGGUACUCUCAGUUGAGAGACGCUGGUCAAGAAAGCUUCAAAUGAUGUUCCAGUUCAUUCCAAAGCUGAUCAGCGGACCCUGAUUGCGUCCUCUGUACUGAUUCGACCCUUCACCGCUGACUGAGGACGCCUCUCAACUGACAUGCGCCCCCUCCGGAACGUACAGUCAGUACAGAGUCGAGUUCAUACACCGACAGGCACUGUGUUCGGAGGGCCACACCCCCAUCAGCAUUAUUCCUCAGCCCUGUGCAGGCGCCAUCAGUCAGCCAGCAGGGGCCGCAGUCGCACCAGUUGUGAGGACCUAUGAUCCGACUUUUUACCCCUCACCCUGAACAACAGCCAAUCGUUGUUCAUGCAACCGGCCAGCCCAGUCAGAAGGCAGAGCUGAGAUUCGAUACGAUGUAUUCGAAACCCCAACUCUGGUGCGCUAGCGUACUUUACCGCUGCGCCACCUGAGCUGCAGGUCAGGACUUUCUUUAACCAAAGCUUUAUAAAACUUGCUUUGUGCACAGGGGCACGGUCUUGCUAGAACAGGAAAGGGCCUUCCCUAAACUGUUGUUGUAAAGUUAAAAGGAUAUAAUUUCCUUUACAUAAUUGAUUUAAUACACCUGUUAGCAAUUGUACCUGAGACACGUGAAUUAAAAAAAAUUGAAGGGGUGUCCCAAUACUUUUGUCCAUAUAGUGUAUGUGUAUUGUAUUAUAACCUUAAUUUAAAAAUAUGACAUUAGGAAUAAAGCAUACAAUCAUUUGAAAUACAUGGUAGACAUAAGACCUGUGUUACUUAUAUGAUUCAGAAAUACGUUCAGAACGUUGGACUACUGCAACAUGUUGGUGGCCGGCUGCCCUGUGGUAAGAAGAAGCUUCUUCUUGCAUCUCUACCAGAAAAACAAAGUCAGAUCAUACUGGCCUGGUCUUGUUAAGUUUGCAUAGACUACAAAGUCAUGCAAAGAGACUAUAUGGUUUAGAGCCAUCUUGCUGCUCUCUUGAGGCAGCUCAGUGCACCUCAAGCAAUUUGGCAGCUGAUGUAGGACUUGGGUUCAUUUCUAGGUUCACACACAGCUUAGCCUGGUGAAGCCCAGCUUCAACAUGAUGCUACUCAUAGACUAAAAAGCUUUCAGUCUAAAGCACUUUGAACUUUUUGGACAUGAAACUGCUCCAAAAAGUAUUGUUAUUGUUAUUAUUGAUGGGUCUGUUACACUAGCCUACCACCGCAGAGAUCCGGGUUGGAGAUGCCAGAGAUGAUUGGCUAUGUCUAAGGAGGUAUGCCCAGAGCCCUGUCAUGGAUUGGCGACCUGUCUGUAUGAAUUCCUGCCUUGCGUCCAGUGUUUCUGGGGAAACCGGGUUCUGGGGAAACCACCCCAACCCUGACCAGGAUAAAGCAGUGGUAAAAAAUGACAAUAAAAUGAUUAUUAUUGAUAUUAAUAUUUACAUUACAUUUAUGCCAUUUAGCAGACACCUUUAUUCAAAGUGACUUACAGUACUGUGACAGUAUACAGUCUAAGCAUUUAUGGGUUAAGGGCCUUGCUCAAGGGCCCAGAAGCAGCAACCUGGCAGUGGUGGGGCUUGAACCAGCGACCUUUUGAUUACUAGUCCAGUACCUUAAACGCUAGGCUACAACUGCCUUCUAUAUAUAAUAUGAACUGAAUUAAAUAUUAAGACAAAAACAAUUUUGUAAUAGGAAUUUCCAAUCUAAAGCACUUUUAAAGAAAUUUGGACUCAUUAUAUUAUUAUUAUUAUUAUUAUUGUUGUUGUUAUUUAAG